CAUAAGAAGGCUGAAGAGGCCUCUAUUGAUUGUCAAUACAUCAUAGAUUUGCUUGUGUUUAAGCGGGAAUCACAGAAGGCCCUCAACAAAGAAAAGCAAGAAUCAACCUAUCGACUGAAUGCUCUGCAGACAGAGCAUCAAAUACUGAAGUCCCAGCAUGAAGACUUGAAGAUGCAAUACUAUGAACUUCAAGAGAAGCACCAGAAUCAAGGGCAGGAUCAUGAACGUGUUCUGGAUGAGCACAGGUUGGAAAUAGACAACCUGCAGAGGGAGAAGGAGGUUGAAAUUUCCAGACUGAAAGAGAAUGUGUACAACCUUCGAGAGGAGAACAGACAACUGCGGAAAGCUCAUCAGGACAUCUACACACAGUUACUUGACGUGCAGGAACAGCACAAGAACCUGCAAGCUUCAAAAGAUCAUCUCUCACUCACAUUACAAGACCAUAAAAAUACACUUGUUGCCGCCCAGGUGGAAGGAUAUGAGGAAAAUGGAAAAGGGUUAUCCCCUCAAGGUGUGUUGGAAAUUGAAAAUAACAAUGCGACCAAAGUGGCAAUGAAGCAACCUCGGCAAAUUGAUAUUUUUGCUGAGGGAAACGGCAAGAAAGAGGAGAGAAGCACAUCAAAGGAUAGAGUAGGAGAGGAUAAGGGGAAAAAGGCAGUGCUGGAACAUUCCUUAUCAAACCCAGAAGAGCUGGGCAUUAACCCUCGCAACACGCUAAGCCAAACCCCGGAGAAACAGACACAGACAGAGCCACUUCACAGAACCAAAGUACACUUUGAGGCUUUGGAUACAGUUAUUGCUGGGAAUGCUGUGCAAUCACACCAUGUUAUGGCUGGACGAGAAGAUGUAAAGAAGAUGCAAAAGCACAAAAAGCAGGGCAUAGGAGAAAAAAACCUGAACUCUGUGAAUGAGGCCAACAACCAGAACGAAGAUGAAUUUGAAGAGGCAGAAGAAGAAACCGAGUACAAGAGCAAUGCGAAUAAGAUCAGGCCUGAAGAGGAUGAGCAGCUUGUGGUGGCAGGCAAUCCCGAGCAGCAAGAGGACCAGCCGGAUGAGCAAUAUGAGGACGAUGUAGAGUAUGAGACUCUUGAUGACUCAGUGCAUGACAGACAGAAGAGAGCAGAAGAGGAAGAGCGUGAAGAAGAUCCCUACAGUGAGCGUAAUGGAGCACAGGGCCAUGAUAAACUGAAUGAAAACCCAGAAGCUGAAAACGAUGCCAAUCAGAUGGAGAGCUUCCAAGAAAAACUGAUGUAAAGAGGAUGAAGAAGAUCUUAGGGAAAGAAAUCAAAAGCCUGAGAUGUGGAGGGGACUGAUUCUAGUGCCUGAUGAGUGGCUUUACACAUCUUUUCUUGCAGAAAACUAAAGUGCAACAACUGUGAUCCCUUGUUUUUUUAAGUGACUACUUAUGCAAGAGCCCUGUACUUCCAAGUACAAGGAUUUGUUUAGCAUUCAUAUUUAAUCAAAGCAUUGUAUCUUUUUGAUCUUACUAAGGCGAUAUGAAAUGGCACCCUGCUGAAUAAAAAUAAGUAAACUUUUGAUUUCUUAUGUCAGAGAGUAGUUGAAUGA